AUGGCUCAGAGUAAACUGAGUAAAUUUGGCUUUAAAAGGGUUAGACUAGAAAAUGAGCCACAACCUUCUAGCAGCAUCACCGUCGCUCCUACUAGUGCUACUCCAUCAACGUCGACUCCAGAGACUAGCAGCACGCCACCCCCCGCCAGCGCCUCUCCAGCCGGGCUGCCGACAUCGGAGGGUCCUGUUCCUCCCCCCAGUCGCCAGCAUGAAGGCCCACCCAGUGAUUUGUCACAGCUAGAUGAACCACCUGCCCAGCCAAAACCGAAGAAGUUUCCCUACACUGACGGGUACACUGACUGGAAACACCUGCGCUAUUCUUUAGAGAGACAUGAAAGAAGUGAGCAGCACUCAAUUUCCUUAUCCAAGUUUGAGGCCUACAGGGAAACCAAAACAUCUGGAAGGGGAAACAUCAUUGAUCAGAUGGACCUGGAUGCGCGGGAUAAAGUGUUUGUUGAAAGGAAUAGGGAGCAUAUCAAAGUCGUCCUGGAUAUUGUUAUGCUUUGUGCCAAACAGGAUUUAAGUUUGCGAGGGCGCAGGGAAACGGAGGAAGAUCUCAACAGAGGUAACUUUCUAGAAAUCUUUAAUUGGGUCUGCAAAUAUGACCCGGAGAUCAAAGCACGUUUAGAGCAGCUGCCCAAAAAUGCAACCCUAAUGAGCCCUGACAUACAAAAUGAGCUGCUCGAGUCAGCUGCCUCCUUACUGCUGCGUAAAAUAAAGGAUGAAAUCAAGGAAGUGCCCGGUAUAUAUUUUGCCAUCAUGGCAGACGAGUAUAAAGACGUUUCCAAGCGUGAACUUGUCGCUGUGUGUGUGAGAUACAUCCAUGGAGGAAAAAUAAAAGAGCGCGCUGUCGGCUUUGUGGACACCAGCAAGGACAUGAGUGCGCAGGGGAUUUCAGCCAAGAUAUUAGAGAUCAUUGAACCACUGGGUCUUGACCCAUCUCUGUGUGUUGGAUUCAGCUUUGACGGGGCUUCAGGCCAUAAUGGAGGUGUGCAGGUUAUUUUAAAAGAGACAUUUCCCCAUGCUGUCUAUGUGCACUGCAAUUCACACCGAUUAAAUUUGGUUCUCAGUGCAGUAACAAAAGCGUCUGGACAUGUUAGCACAUUCUUUGAAACAGUAAACAUUUUGCACGCGUUCAUGACAGGGUCAAGCAGACACACACGCUUUAUAGAAAUGCAGAAAGAGAUGCACCCAGGACGGCCCUGCCUUGAACUUGAGCGUUCUGUGGAUACGCGCUGGAGCUCCAAAGCUGGAUCAGUAGACAAAAUACUGACAUUAUUUGAUGUAAUACUUGAAGUACUGGCUGAGUGUGCAGAAAGCAGUGGUCAAACAAAAGUCGAUGCCCAGUCCCUGCUCCAACAGAUACAAACAAAGAAGUUCCUAUUUCUGCUUGUAACAUUUGGUAAAUUAUUUGAAACAAGUUCUUUUGCCACACAGGGAUUACAAAGUCCAACCCUGUCAGUCACUGGAUGCAUUGACUUAAUCGAGGGACUGAAAGACAGUUUUGCAGAGUUUAGAGACAAGCCAGAAUGUGUUUUCCAACAAGUGAUGAAGCUAACUGAAGACCUUAUGCAGAAAUGUGAAAUCACAAGCUGGGAUAUCACAGUGGGGACCAGAAAGAGGAGCCUCCCUUCCAGGCUCACUGAUUCUGUGGUCUCGACGACUCUGGGAAAAGCAACAGCUGUGAGGAAUGAUGACGACCUGAGACACAUCUGGAAUGACAUACUUGACAGGCAGCUGACCGAGCUUGAUACCCGGUUCCAAGAGGACCAGUAUGGCAUCAUGAAAGCUGCAGCAGCUUUCCUACCACAGUCACAAACCUUUGGCGAGAAGGAAUCUCUGCACUCUGUAUGUAAUCACUACAACAUUUCAGUCAGGGAUGCAGAGUUGGCAGUAUUCUAUGAGCAACUGAAAAGGAAAGCCUUAAAAGAAAACUUUCCUUCACUGAUGGAGGUACUGGACAUCUGUCCAGCAGACAUAUUCCCAAACCUGAACAGAGUCCUUCAAGUCAUCCUAACCCUUCCUAUAACCUCGUGCAGUGUAGAAAGACUUUUCUCAACUGUGGGCCGCAUCAAGAAUUACCUUAGAUCAAAGAUGAACACUGACCGUCUCAACCACUUGUCCCUCUUGUCAUUUGAAAGGGAAAUUAGUGACUCUUUGGAUUAUGAUGAUAUCAUCACAAUUUUCAACCGCAAACCCAGGCGUUUGCGCCUUGUUUAA